AUGGAGCCGGAUCGGACAGUCUCGGAGCCUGCUCCUGCGAGUUUGGGCGCCCUGCUGAAGGCCGGGGACGGCGACAUGGUGACUCUGGUGGCGGGCGACACGCGGCUGGUGGCUCACAGGGCUGUGCUGGCCGCCAGGAGCCCCGUGUUCGCCGAGAUGCUGCGCCGCGACGCGCUGGAGGCCAGCGGCGGCCGGGCCUCCGUGCCGGACGUGGAGGGCGCCGUGCUGCGCCAGCUGCUGGACUGCCUGUACACCCUGCAGGUGCCGCCGCUGCCCGGCACUGCCGCCCAGCUGCUGGCCGCCGCAGACACGUACGGCGUGUCCGUCGUGAAGGCGGCGUGCGAGCGGCAGGUGGCCGCGCAGCUGAGCGUCCAGACAGCGGCCGCCGCGGCCGUCCUCGCAGUCCGGCACUCCUGCCACAGCCUCGGGCAGGCCGCCGUCGCCUUCAUAAAGGACAACCUGGUCGCCGUGAUGGCCAGCCCGGGCUGGGCAGACGCGAUGCGCAGCCAGCCCGAAGACUUGAUCGCAGUGAGUCGGCUGCUCGCUGAGCCACCGGCAGAAACCGGGUAA